AUGGCCUUGAGGUCCAUUAUUGCAGUUUUGGCCCUCGGGCUGUUCGCUUCUUUUAUUUUCGAGAGGGUCAACUUGCUGAAAACAUUCUACACUAAUGCACCGACGAGGUUGACCAAGAUCAACAAUAUCGGUGUUCACGAAGUCAAGUUUUCAGAACUUGUAAGGAGCUGUGAAGAUGUGUUACUCAUUGAGCAGCAUCAUCUUGCAAUUCUUGCUUGCGAUGGGGGCCGUGAACGGUACAAUACAGUCAUGGGUAUCUUUGCUGGUAAUGUGACUGAAAACGCAAAACUCUGGGUAUAUGACUAUGAGGCCGCGGAGAAAGAGUCUCUCAAGCCCAUCUCACUUGCCGGGUUUCCGAAUGCAAACGACUUUCACUCAUUGGGCCUGGCUAUUGACCAGCAAACAUCGAAUUUAUUUGUUACAAACCACGCUCAAGCAGGCCCGCGCAUCGAAAUGUUCAAUCUGGAUAUUGAUUCUUUGACGGCUCGCUACAUUCAGACGAUAGAGCAUCCCCUAAUUCACGGUCCUAAUUCAAUCGCAAUUAUUGAUGGCCAGGAAUUCUACGUCAGUAACGACCAUUAUGUAACCAAGCGGCAGUCAGUCCUGGUUAGCAACCUCGAGACGUAUCUGGGUACUCCCACUGGCACAGUUGUUCACGUAUCCCUCAGAGAAUCAAAAGUCCAAGCCAAAGUCGUCGCAAGAGUUCCCUUUGCAAAUGGCAUCGAAAUACUCAACAGUUCGACCGUUGCAGUGGCGUCUUCCUCCCGAGCAGCCGUGUAUCUCUUUGACACGCCUGAUCCCAUGACUCUGAAGUACAAUUCUAAGAUCCUGCUGCCGUUUCUCCCGGAUAACCUCUCUGGGCAUGGUGACAAGUUGAUGAUCGCAGGACAUGCGCAUAUGCCUUCUUUGGUCAAGUUCACGCAGUCACGACACAUCUGCAACAAUCCUGUUGAGUAUGAACGUGCGGAUUCCAAGACCAAGGAGCACUGCGAGACAGCCGAGGCAACUUCAUGGGCCGCUGAGUGGAGUGAGAGCGAAGGCUUGAAGAACCUUUAUAUUGAUACGGAAUAUCCAUCAAGCUCGACUGUUGUCAAGGGUGGAGGAGUGGGGAUAAUUACGGGUCUUUAUGCCAAGGGAAUAUUGGUUUGGCGGGACGUCAAUUCCAAUCCCAGUUAG